AUGACAUCGGCGCCGGCGCCUCUGAACAUGGUGCCAGCACCUGCUAUGACACAGUGCGACAACAUUCAAGGCCCGGGAAUCGGCGGGAAUGGCACGGGCACGGUUGGUCAUCCAUUCGACACUGUCAAGGUUCGAUUACAAACGAGUCCUGAUGCACAUUUCAAAGGGCCGCUGGACUGCACGUUGCAAACGAUUCGAAAUGAAGGUGUCCGAGGACUAUACAAGGGUGCAUCACCUCCGCUGGUCGGAUGGAUGAUGAUGGAUUCUAUAAUGCUGGGGUCCUUGACAUUCUACAAGAGAUUGUUACUUGAAAAUGUUUUCUCGAAACCUGAACUUCGUCGAUGGAUGCCCUUUGCCAGCUAUCAGACCGAUCUUGCAACGUUGCCUUCCUUCGGUCACGGAAUCGCCGGUAUCAUGGCCGGUACGACGGUCAGUUUCAUCGCCGCCCCGGUCGAACACAUCAAGGCCCGAUUGCAAGUCCAAUAUGCGGCCGACAAGUCACAGCGCAUGUACGCAGGGCCGAUCGACUGUCUUCGCAAGCUUCUCCGAACACACGGCAUCCGAGGGGUUUAUCGCGGUCUAUUCGCAACCAUGUUCUUCCGUUCAUUCUUUUUCUUCUGGUGGGGGUCCUACGAUCUCCUUACGCGGUACAUGACAAAUCAUACGAAUAUGUCUGCGCCUCUGGUCAAUUUCUGGGCAGGUGGUAUCUCCGCACAGGUGUUUUGGCUCACGUCCUACCCAUCUGAUGUGGUCAAGCAGCGGCUCAUGACCGAUCCCAUGGGUGGAUCCCUAAAUGAUGGACAGCGACAGUUCCACCGCUGGCGAGAUGCGGCUCAAGCAGUUUGGAGAGAGCGUGGGAUGAGGGGAUACUGGCGAGGGUUUGUGCCUUGCUUUUUGAGGGCUUUUCCGGCCAACGCGAUGGCCUUGGUAGCAUUUGAAGGCGUGAUGCGGACGUUGCAUUGA